AUGUCCUCGAUAGGGAGUGGAAGCAGCACGGCUAUCACAAACCCUGGAACUGCGCAGGCCGACAUCGUCAAUGCGGGAGAAGAUCGACAUGUCGAUAGCGAUGAAGAGGACGCCUCCUCUACAGACACAUAUGGACAACGACCUGGACGCUUCUAUGGACCGGAUAGCUCUUGGAGGUUCUACACCCGCAACGAACGCGGACUUGCAGCAUCUCUUGAUCAAGCUGUCUGCAAUGACUUGAGCCUGCAGCUUUACAACGUCCAUGCAUUCAAGGCUAGUCUGCGCAAUGCGGAUGCGUCAAAUGUGAAACGUUGGCAGAGCAAGCAGCGGUGGGUUUUGGCCAAGGACACCAAACGCCGUGGGCCUUUCCAGCCACGUCCAAAGUUUUCUGCUUGGCCACUCAAGCCAAGUUCUGUUCCACGGGCGAGCGAGAUAUGGGGAGCAGUCCCAGUUGAAGACGAGCAUAAAGAUGCAACAGUACUCGCAAGGAACCCCGAGCCAUGGAAGCCGAGCCUUGAUUUGCAAGAAGAGCUCAAAGCGGUGUUCCUCCGGCAAGCAAAGGAGCAGCUCUAUGAACACAGACGCCGCUCCGUGCCUCGUAGGACUGCCAGUGAGCGGUAUAGAGACUCGCGGGACUCGCUCGUCGCAACGUCCCCGAAGGUUCACUUGCCCGACGAUGAUGCAGAAAGUUCAACGAACGGCGAUUCUCGUAGUGAUUCUCGUGGAAGUACUUUCUACCACAGCAGCCCUGAGCAGACCCCGGAAUUCAUGGAUGAUGAUGAAGCCGCCGGUGCCAUUCUGCAGCCCACAGUCCGACACUUGAUAUCGAAGCAGGACGAGCUGCUGAACGCUCUUCAUCUGAGCCGCCUAGGGCAGCAUCACGACCCCUCUGCUACGUGGAAGAAGCAACGUUCGUCGCGCAACAAUUCUCGGGCGAGCACAUUGGCAUCGAAUCUGCAACAGGCUUCCGACACACACAGACGCGAUGCUUCAGACGUCAAACCCCAAUAUCAUGAUGGUCAAAGAUCUUCAGAGACAGAGACGAAGCCUAGUGUAAAGCAAGGACGAAAGCGAAAGAGGAAGCUCGGACAACGAGACUGGAGCGAGGUUCUCGGGAUGGCCGCGAUGAUGGGAUGGGAUAAAGCCGUGGUCGAUCGUGCGGCGCGAAGAUGCGCCGCGCUCUUCGACGAGGGGAUGAGCAUGCGUUUCAUGACCGGGGACAUGUCUGCCAUGGUUGAGGAGAAAGUCGUUGAAUAUGUGCCUGACAUGGUGCCCGCCAUUGACGACCGCACAGCGCCAGAUCACAAGUUACCAGUGGUCGAUCUUUAUGCUUUCUUCUGCCCGUACUCGUCUUGCGACCGCCAUGAGCAGCCAUACACAAAGCGAUGGCGCUUGACGGAGCAUCUGACACGAAAGCACAAUCACACAUGCCAGAAGUUCGAAGCCGAUGACGGUGACAAUACGAGCAAAGCGCGGCACAGCACCAUCGACCUUUCAUCGCGAUCAUCGUCUUCAUCAGAAGCUGGAGAAGAAGUUGAUGAAGGGGAAGCAGACGACGAGUGA